AUGAGUGCACUCACAGAACAAGAAUUGUAUCAAAUUGUGGAUAGCGUACUGAGUGAUCCUUCUGAUGUGGAAAAUAGAAAAAGGCUGGCUCAUCCAGAGAAUGGUUUGGAACAAAUUAAACAAGCCUACAUGUAUGCAUUGGACCAAUAUUAUAGUAGAUCGGAACAGGUUUGUGAUGAUGAAGCCAAAACAUCACUUUCUUAUGGAUUUUCAUUAAUUUCUCUGAUUUGUUUUACAUCAAUGUACAAAUCUUUUUCUAAUUGUUCAAGUAUUGAUGAUAUAUUUGACUUUAUGGAAGUUACUAAAGGCUUGGCAAUUUGUGUUGAAUUUUGCAAAGCUGAAAAAAGUGUAAAGGCUUUCCGAGUACUCCGAUCCUUCUUGGCUGUCUUUACUAGAAUUGCAAAAGAAGGUAAACACUUUCGUUCAAUUGUACACGCUUAUGAAAUUCAUCAAAUGAUGAUUGAUUUUUUUGAAGGAAUGGGAUUGAUAAAAAACGAAUCAUCAUCAUCGGAAGACAUUCAAGCAGAAGUAGAAGCAUGCUUUACUUUAUAUAUGGAUUCAUUAUGUACAUUAUUUUCUGAUAGUAGUUUUGAGAAUAUUGAUGACAAUUUCAUGAUGCAAUAUCUUUUAAUGUGUAGAGGAUUGUUCAAUCACUCUUUCAGCAAUGACAAUAUUCAAAAUGUGUUUAUUCACUUAUUUACAGGUAUUCCCUCUUGUGUUAUGGCAAUUCAACACUAUACCGAAUCUAAAAGAAAGCAAUCCGAAACAAUUAUGGAUGUUUUGAAAUUUGUAAUUGUUGAAAUUUGUGAAAGUCUAAAGAAGAAAUCAAAUGUAAGAAAAGGAAUUACUCUACUAUCUGCCGUAGCCACUGCAUAUAUAGACUAUUUAUCAGGGCAAAAAGAAUUGAUUUUGGAAUCCCUUUCAAACUCAGUUACAAGAAUGCUCUUAAUGCCAAGAAGAAGCGAAGUAGUUCAACAAAUGUUGAACAAAACAGUAGAACUAUUCCUCUUAAUACCAUUUCAAAAUACUUCUCUUGAAGCCUAUUUAUCAAUCAAGCCUGCAUCUCCAGAUUAUUUGAAUGCUGCUGCCAAGACAUACUUGUUUUCAUUCCUAAUUAAUUCUGACAAGAAAUAUGGAAAAUAUAUAGAAAAUGUAAUUAAGCAAAUCCGAUAUUGUGAUAGUAUAUUAAUGCUGGAUAUUUCAGAUUCAAUUUCCUUGUAUCAAACCAUUCUUCAAAACACUCUUUCUGCUAUUGUAAAGAAUAAGGAUUCUCAAUUAUUGUCAGAUAUUCAAGUAACAUUAUGGAAAGAACUUUUUGAUGUUUCGAAUAAUGAUAUUGCCAGAGAAUUUUGUAUAGAUAUUAUUGCUACACUGUUUAACAACAACUCUGGAUCCCAACAACCUUAUUUAGACUAUUUGAAGGAAUUGAUUGGUGUCAUCUCUCAUAAUUUGUUUUUGGCACCACAAGAGUUGAGACUAUCCAAUUCACAACAGGGUGAAAAUGUCGAGUGGAUGGUUGUUGAAAAAAUAUUAAGGCCACUACUAGGUAAAAUGGAUAUCAAGGAUCACAAACAGGUCACUAACUUUACAGACAUUUUAUCAGAAGAAGGUAUAUCUCAACUUGCAAUUCUUCCUUGUUCCAUUCGUGUAGUUGAGCUGAGGAAAUGCAUCACCUCAAUAAUCAACAAGUUGAAAGAUAGAAAUGAUGAUCCAUUCUCUAUAGCACUUGUUAUAUUGCUGAAAAAUGUUACUCAACAAGGGAAAUUACCUGCAGAAUCCUGUAAAAAGAUGAUAACCAUUAUUCUUACCAAUAAGCUCCAAUCAACAGUUUCGGAUAAAUAUUUAGAAGAGGCCAUUCUUUGUUUAAGGGACCAAGUUUCAAUGCCAGAAAUUGGCUCAGAUUUCAACUUUUUAAAUGAUAUUUUGAAUAAUUUGAAACAGAUUUGCUGGGCUAGAUCAGAUAGAAUCAAAGUUUGCAUUUGUAGCCUGGUAGAGUCAAUUACAAGAAAUAAGUUGUCUGAUGAAUUCACACAAACAUUGCAACAAUUUUUCAAAUUAGCAAUUGAAAGCGACAAUCUCUCAGUUCAAACAAUUGUUUCCAAAUCACUAUUGUCCAUCUACUUGCAAAGGUCGGAACACAGUGAAAUGGCUUCGAAUAUACUUGGUGCUGAAUUUAUUGAAUUUGUAGAACACCUACUUUCUGGAAAAGAUGAGGAGGGCAAAGUGAGAGCUUUUUCAAAAUUAACAGACAAUAGUAUGGUCGAUUUACAAAAUUCUAAAUUUGAAAUUUCAAAGAAUAAGAAGAUUGCAGUUGUUUCCUUUCAAUCUGAAGUGCAAAAACUUAAAUCUAAUAUCAAAUCUAUUCAGACUGUUAGCAUUGUUGAUCAAUUGGCAGAAGUAAACAAGAGUAUGAAUGAUCUCCUCCAACAAAAAGACAAGGAUCCAUCUCUGAUACAACAGCUCAACUCUCAAAUUCAAGAAUUGAACAAUAUUUCCAGCAAACUCUUUAAAUAA